AUGGGACGAUUUAGGAAACACCUCUGCAGAUUGGUGCUAGAUUACGUUGAUCAAAGGUAUUCAAAAGAACUUGGAGACCACUGGCCUACCAUCAGGGAGGUGCUCACAGACCCUGGACUCUGGCAGUAUGCUGUUCUUUUAAACAAUUACCAGAACACUGUGGAGACAGAGAAGCAUUUGCUUACACUAGGAUACCAUAUAUUGUCCAAUGGGAACUGUUCUAACAACGGAGAACAGAUAAAAUGCUAUAUUAAUGGGAAACCUGGAAAGUUUCCUUCUCAACGACAUCAGACUGGAAAGAUCAAAGACUACUAUAUACUUAGUGCCUCGUCACUUCUCCCAGUGCUGACGCUAGAUGUCAAGGAUGGUGAGAUGGUCUUGGAUAUGUGCGCUGCUCCUGGAGGAAAGUCUGUAGCAAUUCUGCAGUAUGCAUCACCAGGACUUCUUCAUUGUAACGAGCCGGAUGCACACAGAUCAAUGUGGCUGAGGAAGACACUGGAAUCCUUUGUACCGCCGUCCCAUAUGAAUGUCCUCUCAACUUCCCAAUUAGAUGGAAGGUUAAUAGGGAAAUUAUACGCCAGCUCUUAUGACAAGGUGGGUAUUGUUUUACCCUACUGUUCUAAUGACAGGAGUUCUCUAUUCUCUUCUGAUGUUGAAAGCGCCAAAUCCCGAAUAUCGCAGAAGAAGAGUCUUCCUAUAAUACAGACAGAGUUACUCAGGUCUGCAAUCAAUGCCCUUAGACCCGGAGGAACGCUAGUGUAUUCUACAUGCACUCUCUCCAAAGCAGAAAACAGUGAUGUCAUUUCUAAUAUAUUGAACUUUUGCAGUGAUGUUACCCCUCUGGACCUGAGUCACAUGGCCAAUGCAUUAUCCCACGAAUUCCGGUUUGCUGAACAGGUCCCCCAUGGACUUCUAGUUCUUCCAGAUAAAGGGAAAUCCUGGGGACCCAUGUUUGUAUCUAAAUUAAUAAAAAAAUAGUUGUAGCCAUAGUUUAUGCG